AUGAUGCAGACGGGUCCAGCAGGAAACCGUUUUGCUGACUAUUUUGUAGUUAGCGGAUUAGAUGUGGAAUCGGGGCUAGAACCAGACCAAUUGUCAGGUGACAAUCUACACUGUCCACCACUAGGGAGACCGUACAAAUGUAAAGUAUUAGCCCACUACCCAGAACAAGUACCAUGGAAUCCCCUUAAUAAUGUGACGUUUUAUGUUUUAGGUGACAAUCUACACUGUCCACCACUAGGGAGACCAUACAAAUGUAAAGUAUUAGCCCACUACCCAGAACAAGUACCAUGGAAUCCCUUCGACCAAGCAGCUGUGGGAAUGUUAUGCCAUCCAAAGGGCCUCUCAUUCAGGACGCAGAAGCAAUCCCGGGAGUCUCAAUUUCACUCAUUCAUCAUCACCCGGGAAGAUGGUUCAAGGACGUAUGGCGCCGCCUAUACAUUUUACGAAAAAGUGUCAAACACUCAAAUAUGUGCAGCGAUGAAAACACUUCACGCGAUGCACUACGCUGAGCUAAGCAACAACCAAUCACAUACACUGUAUUCACAUUUAGGACCCGUUUAUCAGCGAUCACCGGAGCCAAAUCGGCGAAAACCACCCACCAAAGAGGAUAAUGAUAUCUACGAUCAUACAGAUACGUUAUUUGCGACAAAGAGCAUAUGUUUAUUGUGCCAGUUACCUCUAAUACAGCCAUGCAGGAAAUUUCUCAAGUCUAUAUAUAAAGCCGUAUGUGUGGAUCAGGGAGAGUUCUCCCUUGAGAGCUAUAUAUAUAAUAUACUAUAUGAAGUGCCCUGCCCCCCUCCAGGGAGGAGUCUCAAAUUCUACACACCAGGGAACAGGGCAAUUAUUUGCCAACGGCCAGGGUUGAAUGAGUUACCACUAUUUGACUUCUCUCUCAAGGACUUAUUUGUUAAGUUAGGAGUUGAGAAUGUUUUGCAGCUCAUCACAAGUGCUUUGUUGGAGCACCAAAUUCUCAUUUACUCAAAAGACUAUCAACAAUUAAUGAUGGUUGCUGAAAGUAUCUCAGUCUUGUUGUUCCCGUUCAACUGGCAGCAUGUGUAUGUUCCAAUCCUCCCCGCCUCCAUGCUCCACUUCCUUGACGCUCCAGUGCCUUUCAUUAUGGGGCUCCACUCAAGCUCCGAUCAUUCAGAGCUCGAACUUCCUAGUCAGGCUAAUAUGUGUUUUGUGGACAUAGACAAUUCAAUAGUUGAGUUCCCAGAGGACUUACCCCAGUUCCCCCAUAAAGGGGACCUGAUGGGGGAGCUGCGGGUUGUCCUCCAACGGUACCAGAUCCCUCCUGAGCCAAGUCAUAACAGCCUCGAUCAAAGCAGUGGGGACUCAAAUGAUGACUGCUUUAAUUUAUCAAACAGUGGAUCAAAGGACUCAUUGGGAUACUCAAAGAAAGACUCGGGUUGUUUUGAGAAUGACUCUGGAAUGAGUAGCAACGAGGAGAGUGCGAGUAGUUCUGUUUCGAGUAUUCCAAAUAAAAUGGAUAUUUUGCAGCAGAGUGAGGCUCUCGCACGAAUCGCUGCGAUCGCCAAAAAGACUGGUGUGAUGUCAUCAUCGCUUGAGGAAAUCACGAGUAAAUUAACUGGGAGUACCCAUAAUUCACCAAAGACCCAGAAACGGGAAAAGAACGUCGAGAAAGAACAAAAAGAAAUGCCAGAGCAGUCUUGCCUUUCAGAACAUGAACUUAGAGACUUGUUAUUUAACAGUGAAAUACGCGAAGUUUUUCUGAACAGAUUUUUACAUUUAUUUAGUAUGUACGAACACUUCGUAAUUCAACCUUCUCAGGAUAUGGAAUCCUGGCUGAACAAUCGAGAAAUUAUGCAGAACUUUGACAAAGCUGCAUUCCUCGGGGAUCAGCCUGACACCUAUCUGCCAUUUUUGUCACCAUUCAUCGAGACGCAAAUGUUUGCAUGUUUGAUUGACAGCAAGAUCCUGGCUCAGUGGGAGGAGCCAGACUAUUCACUCAGGGUAUUUGAUAAUCGGCUUAGAGCGUUCAAAGAAAGAUUCGGAGAAAACCGAAGUCCAACAUAUGAAAAAUGUUUCACUUUCAGGGAGUCAGAGUCAAUUAUACAGAAGCGUGCCUCUGUGGUUGAUCACGAAGCAUUACCACCCCACAGUCUGGAGGGGUUAGAGGGGAAGAAACACAAACGUGAGGAAUUUCCUGUCUUUCCUAUCUUAAAUAGCAGAGUGCUGAACAGAGGGCCUGAGCCUGCAAGAUCUUCUAAAAGGCGAGAGAAUGCCAAGUGGCGGAGAAAGGACAGAAUAUAUCAGCAUUCGGAACAUAUACAGCUCAACUCAGAUCAGAGAGAGAAAUAUAUUCAAGAGGCCAGGUCUAAGUCCAGCGUGCGACAGCCGAAACUCUCAGACAUCAGCCCAUCAGCAAUCGCUCAAACCAAUUGGAAGUUUGUGGAAACUUUACUCAAGGAGUGCAAAGUCAAGACAAAGAGAAUGCUGGUUGAGAAAAUGGGACAGGAAGCUGUUGAUUUGGGGCACGGUGAAGUGACCCUAACAGGUGUAGAGGAAAACACGUUAAUUGCCAGUCUUUGUGACUUGCUUGAGAGAAUCUGGAGUCAUGGCUUGCAAUCUAAACAGGGUAAAUCUGCUCUGUGGUCUCAUUUACAAAGUUUUCAGGAGGUGGAACAAUGUGAGGACAGUAGUAAACCUAUAGACCCCAACUUCCUUACCCCAGAUAUAUCAUCAUUGGCGAUAGACACAGAAUCACCGAAGCAAACACGUCAUCGGCGAACAGGAAGUGCCGGAGGCUUGAAUGUCCCAACUUUGACACCCCUACCUCAAUCCGUGUCCGUUGAUAUGAAAAAGAUUCAAAAGAUGCCAGAAAUCAAGACACAUGUUGGUUAUGCAAGAGCUUGGGUGAGACUAGCACUGGAGAGAAAAAUGUUGUCUCGAUACAUUAAAGAACUACUGUCUGACAAUGAAUUACUCAGGGCCCUUUACAAACGCUAUGCGUUUCUCCGUUGUGAAGAUGAACGUGAACAGUUCUUGUAUCACUUGCUGUCUUUAAAUGCAGUCGACUAUUUCUGCUUCACCAACACUUAUACAAAAGCUGUUAUCCCCUACAAAAUGCUGAUCUUCCCUGCCAGGAAGUUAGGUGGUUCAAGUACAAGUGCCAAUGUCUGGUUCAGCAUAGCAGGCCAGUUAGGGGAGACUAGACCCAUACAGCUAGGCAAAAAUGCCCUCGAAAUGGAGUUUGAGCACAAGAACCUAGGAGUGUUGUCAACGUUACGGAUCGGCCAUGACAACAGUGGCAUGUCUCCAAGAUGGUGCAUAGAACAUAUUCUAGUCAGAAAUGAAAUCACUGGCCAUACUUUCAAGUUCCCAUGUGGUCGGUGGUUAGGACGGGGUGUUGAUGAUGGUAGUAUUGAGCGCCUUCUGGUGGGAGAACUUGUGCCCCAUACCAUGGAUAAUGAAGAGCUUGUAAUGAACUGUAGGACUCCACCAAGGAAUAAGUCUCCUAGCACUCCCAGGCGGAGUAGUGAAUCACGAAUGGGGGUUCCACAAAUUCAGGAAAUGUUGGGAGAGGCUGUCAACAACAUUGUCAAAUAUUACUACAAACCUGAGAAAGAGAGAGGCAGUCUGACGUAUCUUCUAUGUGGAGACUAUGGUCUUGUUUUCUGCAUGGAGUCUGUUUUCCAAUAUGGCUUCCGAUCUUCACGAUUAUUCCGCUCAAAAAUUUAUGUCUGGGAUUAUAUAGAAAAAGUUCAGCAAUACUUUGAGCAGGUGCUAUCAGACAGGGAAGGCCACAGGGGAAACCUGAGCGAGCGAGCCUUAUGUGCCAUGAGAACGUUCAUCCACGUCACGCAGAAAGUCAACUCAUCGUCGCAAGAUAUCGGCAAAGAUGGAAAAUUCCAGUUGCUCAUAUGUGUUGGGGCGAGGGACCACCUAUUGAGUCAUUGGGUAAAGGCACUAGCUGAUAAUCCUGUCACUCAAGCUAUGUACGAGGAAAGAUCCUUCCUGCGGGAACAGAGCCUUGUUAUAUUCCUUAUACAGAUCUUGAAUUCAUUACGAGACUUCACCAUCACUCUUGAAACAUCGCUAACUAAAGGUUUGGAUGUCUGAAAAUGGUUUACAAAAAUACACAGUGAACGUAUUGUGAAUUAUCAGUGCCAAGUGGAAAAACCUAGAUGAUGUCAAGCUUGGAUGUCCCAAAAUGGAAACAUGGUGAAAACACUAGAUUAUUGGUAUAGGUUGAAAGCCUUGAUAACAGGAUAUCACAAGUUUGGAUAGGAUGUACUUAUGGAUUGGAAGAUUGAUAAUUGUUCACAUGGUAACAUGUAUGAAGCAUUGGUUGCCAUGGUAUCAUAGAGCUCUUACAUUCUAAGUAAUAAGGCUUGGAUGCUGAGAAAAGAACGCAUGGUGUCUU